CAGCACGGCCACACACGCACACCAGCCACCCAAUAUAAGCCAUCCAUGGCCAUCCAUCUGUGUGUAUGCUCCGUCCGCACAGCCAGCACACGCAUCUACCACCGGCCAAACUACCCUUUCAGUGUGCCCCCUCUCCCUCUCCCUCCUUGUUGCCCUCCUUCGCGUCGCUAUCGGCCAUGACGGCGUCGCCUUCGUCACCACCCUCGUCGGCGGCCUCGCUGUUGGCCUGCCCCAGCAGCUCCUCGAACGCACGACACACCACCGGCAACUCGCCCUUGGCACCAUCUGCACCAAUAUCCAUCCGCCCACCCACACAUGCCAGGCGUCAUCCAUCCAUUCUCAUCAAAAUUGUGAACUCACCUGAGAGGUUGACGUUUCCGUCGAUGAGGUCGCCGAUUUUGAUAUCCUUGAUCUCUGUGGGUAGGAUGCCCAGCCAGUGCUGCUUGCGGAUGAGAAGGUUGAGCCGCUGGUCCUCGGCCGCCAUCCUCAGCCCACGCUCCAACGCCUCGAGCAUCAUCUCGCCGUACGCACGCUGAAUGGGAUUGAUCGUGGUCUCGUCUGCCGCUGCAGCAGCCAUCGGAUGGUCUCCUGAUGCCGCAGCAGCUGCCAUUCGCCCUUCUAAAACUCCUGGCCGUGGCCAG